AUGAUCCACCCCCAAAUCACCCGGCGCAUCGUCAUUGGCGCCGGAAUUUCAUUAUGUCUCAUUCUAUUUCUCCUCAUGAGACCACAAGCUCCUCUCAGUCCUGCGAUCCGAGCGCCCGGUCAUAUAGACCACUCCCCAACACCGACGCCCGCCAUAACCCUCCAACCGAACACAUUGAAAGGAGGCGUGGUGAUGCCGAAGUUGGGGAACGAAACAGCGAAAGCUGAGCUAGGCCGUGCAACAUGGCGAUACUUCCACACAGUCAUGGCACGAUUUCCUGAGAAGCCAACCCUCGACGAGCAGGAAACGCUACACUCGUUCAUUUACCUCUUCGCACGACUAUACCCAUGCGGCGAAUGCGCUGAGCAUUUCCAGGGUCACCUGAGCAAAUACCCACCACAGGUCUCAUCACGCAACAACGCAGCAGGCUGGGCCUGCUUCAUCCACAACGAAGUCAAUACGAUGCUCAAGAAGCCUGAGUUCGACUGCAGUAAGCUUGGAGAGUUCUAUGAUUGUGGAUGUUCGGGAGAUGAAGAGGGGAAAGAGGGCAAUAGCAAGGAAGAAAGCGAUAUCACAGAAGAAAGUGAUAUUACGGAAGAAAGCUAUAUCAAUGAAGAAGUUGAUAGCAAGGAAGAAGCUGAUAGCAAGGAAGAAGCUGAUAGCAAGGAAGAAGCUGAUAGCAAGGAAGAAGCUGAUAGCAAGGACAAAAAUGGACUCUUGGCUGCAUCGAGGACUGAUGAAUCGAGCGAAGAUGCGUCCUUCGAUCACCUGGCUGUGGAGAUCUCAAAAGAAGCAACUACGCGUGGUUGA